AUGGAUGAGAUUUGUAAUCUAUUAAAGGAAUACACAGAAUUCGACAGUAGUAAUAUAAUUGAUUUAUUCAAAGAAUACAACACAUGUGCAAAAGAUAAGACAGAAGUUCACACUAAACUCAAAGAGCUGGACUAUUCUAAAGUAAUGGCCUUUGAUGCUAAUGGGUUGUACGCCUCUGCUAUGUCAGAUUUAGAGAGUGAAUAUCCUAAAGGGGAAAGUGAAAGACCGUUUCUACCAGAAGAAAAUGAAGAAUUUGUCAAGCUCUUUAAUGGACAGAAAUUCAGACCUAGAACGGCUAUUUUAAAAAGUCUGGAAUUAAGGAAUAAAUACAAAAAGGAAGGGGAUGAGGUUGGUAGUAACUGCAUGAAAUUAUUAGGUAAUUCAUUGUAUAGUAAAUCUAUUCAGAAGGAUAUAACUACAUCGAGACAUCUAUGGAGUGAAACAACUUUUAAAGCCAACUUCGAUUCACAUGUUAAAAACUAUGAAAAAGUAAAUGAGACUCAAUAUAUAUUUGAGAUAGAAGAAGAAGAAAAAGAAUUUAUUCCUCCAAAGGAUUCAACAAGAUUAACACCAAGUCAUAUAGGAUCGAAAAAAACAUUUAAGGGAUACUCUAACUAUAAGAUUAAGGUGGAUGAUUAUAUUCAAUUAGCUAGUAGACAUGAUGUGAUGAAUGAAUUUAAGAAACCAUGGGGAAAGAGUUUCUCUGAUGGAAUAGUUAUUCCAAAUGAUGAAGAUAAACAAAAGAAAGUUUUUAGAAGUUAUUUAAAUCUCGUUAAGAGAAAAGCACCAGAUGAUGAAGGAAUUAUGUAUCCUUACAACGACGGAAAAGAAUUGAACAUGGAUGAAAACUACGAAUUUGAUGAUUUCGAUUAUCUAACUAUUCAAGAAGAGAAUGAAGAGUGUUUAAUUACAGAAUGA